AUGGGGUUGCACUCCGCAAACGCCGACCCGCAGGCAGUACUCGUGGAGAGAAUAGAGGAGGGGAUGAAGGCCUUCAACGAGGCAAGCAAAAACUACAUUGUGGCGGUGCGAAAGGUUGACAGUGCUCUCGAAGACAUGGUGGUUUCCUUCCGUCAAAUGUCAUUUGGCGAUAUACCGCCUUCCCUCCGCAGUUUGUUGGACUCCUUCAGUAAGGAAGUAGGUAACCACCGCAACACCGCCGCGACAGAGAGUAAAGGCGAGAACAGCUUCAGCGACCGGACGGGCGGAAAUAAGUACGUCAUGGCGCAGUACGUCAACGAUUUCAUGAAGAGGACGGACUGUAUUGGAGACGGCCUGAAGUCGCUGAUGAAGCUGGCGCGGGUCAAGCACGAGGAACACGAGAAGGUGGGCAAAAAGUACAACGAGGCCCGCACCAAGGCUGAGAAGAUUGCUGCAUCGGAUGUCAAGAAAAAUCGCAACUCCUCCGAAAACCCCGACUACGUGAAAUACAUCAAUAAACGUGAUGCCCUUCGGCUGGAGCUGACGAAGAGGGAAGAUGAGUUGGCACGUGUCUGCCACGAACUGCAGGAACGUCGCGUUGACGUCAUAAAACAGGCGCUGAAUGCCAUGGGCGAUCUCUCCUCGCAGUAUUGGUCAGGAGUGGCGCAGGUGAUGCGAAGCGCCGGGACCACAUAA